AUGGAAGCCAAUGUGACCAAGCUUUUUGAUGUCCCUAUCACUGUUUCAAACCCAAUGCUAAGAAAUUUCAAGAAUGAAAAACAAAAGAUCGUUAAAAAAUAUGUAUUUGUCAAGUCUGAUUGUGAUUGCAAAAGAAGAGGAGCUUAUGAAGUCACAAUUAUGGACCUACCAAGGGCGAUUAUGGUGGAAAUUCUCUCAAGAUUGCCAAUCAAACCCAUUUUCCACGCUAAGAGCGUUUGCAAACCUUCAAUUCUUGAACUCAAAGCGGGUUAUGAUUAUUACUCUCUCCCCCGAAAUAGGCAUGUUAUGUUGAGUCCUAAGUUUCACCUCCCUCCACCAAAACCGAACAUUGGUGGUUUGUAUGAACCAGCGCUAGAAAAAAUUGGUUCGUGUAAUUGGUUUAUUUGUAUGUUGGAUGGUGAUAAGUAUGAUGAAAAUCAUUCGAUUUACAUUAGCAAUCCUCUUUUGGGCGAGUAUUUCAAGGUUAAACUGCCCAAAUAUGAGAAAAGAGUUCGUCAUGUUGCUUAUGCAUUCUGCUUUAGUGAAGGCUCUAGGCAGUAUAAAGUAUUGAGAUCAGUAGUUAGGAGUCGUCCUAAAGUAUCUGAAUUGGAGGUUUAUACUCUUGGAGUUGAUGAGAAAUGGAGAAAUGCGGGCAAAGCUCCUUACCCUCUAUGUGGAUCGUUUCGUCUUAGUGCUAAUGUGAAUGGUGCUCUUCAUUGGCUAGAUGAUGAACGUACUAAGAAAAGUGCCAGCAUUUACUCCUUCAAUAUUGCGACAGAAGAGGUGAAGCCCGUGCCAGUUCCAGUUGAUUUGGAGACUCCAUCCUUUUGCUUGAGGCUAGUAGAAUUGGGGAAUUGUUUGUGUUUGCCUGAUAAUAGUUAUAUGACACAUGUUGAUAUAUGGUGGAUGAAAGAGUAUGGAAUAGCUGAAUCUUGGAUUAAAGAUCGCAUUUUGAUGGAUUCUAUUCUGCCUGGUAUCCCUCGGAGUAAUUUCAUACCAAUCAUAAUUUGGAAAGAUGGAGAAAUUUUGAUGCAAAGCGAAUAUGCCGCACAGCUAGUAUCUUACAACCCAAAAGAGAAGAAGUUUAGGAAGGUCAACGUUUAUGGUAAUGGCUCUGCAGCGACUAGAUACAUUCCAAGUUUUUUCUCACUCAAGACUAUCGUGGGGGACAGCUUUCAAGUCUCAAAUGUUUAUCCGAAGAAGACUGAGAUAGUUUAG